UGUCGUGUAGCUAGGAUACUGAAACGUCUAACGUUAUGCAGUUUUGGUGAGGAAGAGUGCGUGGUUUUCCCACUGACGCACUAGCCUAUUUUAUCCAGGGGUGAUAAGUUAUAUAACUUCAAACUUACUUUGUUGACCAGUUCUGUUGUAAAUAUUAUCAUUAUGUCAGCUAGGCCCUUAUUAUUAUCUGAACAUCAAAAAAAUCUCAAAUUUGGUGAGGCAACAUUUGAGAUUCUGUCUGAUUUCCUCACCAAUAUCAACAACAAAAACAAACUGAACUUGGAGAGCCUAUCAGCUAACUGUGGACAUUUCAAGAAAAAAGAAUUGGUCGAGUAUAUCUUCCUUCUCUGUAAGGAGUUUAAACUCGACCCGUUGGUUGGAUAUCAUGCCGUUGAGAUACUGGAGAGGUUUAUGAUCAAGCACAUUGAGGAUCUGCUGUCGUUACCCACUGCGCAAGGCGCCAGUGCUAGUGGUAGAGAUGAAAACAUGGAGGAGCUGGUCUUUCAAAGCAUCAGGCCAAAGUUCUCGUUAAUCAUCCUCUCCUGUGUUCAGCUGGCUAGUAAGCUGUCCCUGCACUGUAAGAUUGUGGACAACAACGUCGCUAUGAGGUUUGUGCAGUCGGCUGGCUACACCAUCACCAAAGAGGCACUGAUGAGGUCUGAACUGGUGGUGCUGAAAACCCUGAACUUCAACCUGAGUGCUACAAAUCCACUGACGUAUGUAGAGACGCUUCUGGAAGUCUUAAGCCACAAUGAGUGUUCGAUGGCACUAGAAGACAUGCACCACCUGUGCAAGGCAGUGUUGCAGUUUACAUUUCUCCAAAGGACAUCCAUCUACCAAGCACUCCUCACCGUGGUCAGUAGGGGCACUAUUACUCCACAGGAGCACAGAGAGAAGUUUGUAGCUGUGACAGAAGACUGCAUGCUGCUGGGGGUUGGAGUCAUCGCUGCUGCUGCGUUCAUCCUCGACUUCUCUACCUGGGAGCAGGUGGUGCGAGAGCUAAGCUUAAUCACAGGGAUUUCAAUUCAGAGCACCAUGGAGUUUGCAUAUGUGAUACUGAUGCAUGUGACCAACAACUCGGAUACCCUGGUUUGAGGGCCAAUAUCAGGACCACAGCACAACUCCUAAGGCCAUCUCUCCCAUGUUCUGGAAUAGAAGUACUUUGAAGUAGAAUGUUUUGGAAGUUCUGUGCCAUAGUUCUAGAGCAGGAACAGGCACAUAGUAUUGGUUGGCAGACAUUUUGUGUCAUGUUUUGGUUGGUGAACAUUUCACUAUAUAUUUUCUGUCAGGAGGAAUUAUUAGUUAUGUCUUGUCUUCCUCAACAGCAUUUGUACCAUGAUAUCUUGUGUUGCUCAGAGAUACUCGGGCUGAAAACCUGACCUGAAGAAACAUUAAGCAAUGUUUACAUUAAGUUCACUCCAUAGACCGUAUAAAUAGAUAGAUACACAUAUGUACUGUAUAUAUACAGUCAAUGGUUUAAUCAGAUGAAAAAACACAUAAGUUAAGUAAAGAGACAGAUUGCGAACUUCA